AUGGCGACAUUUUAUCGCAGCGUCUUGUUCCAGAUGCUUUUGUUCGGAAUGCUAUCCCUGGUUGGACCAGCCAUGUCAGAUGCUAUCACGAAUCUGGGCGGCGGUGGAUUGUCUACUCCUUGGCUUGCAAAUCUUGGACAAUCGUUGAGUUACGCGAUGAGCUUCCUCAGUACAAUCUUUGGCGGUCCCAUCAUCAACAAGAUUGGCAUCAAGUGGGCGUGUUUGAUCGCAGCUGUAGCCAUGCCGCUCCAUGGAUCUGCCUACUACGUGAAUGCCAGAUUCAAGAACGAUGCGUAUCUGCUUUCAGGCAGCUUGAUCAAAGGAUUUGCGUCCGGCUUCCUCUACGUUGGUGAAACGACAGCCAUGUUGUCCUACCCGCAUCCAGAAGAACGAGGAUUUUACCUGGGAAUCUGGUCCGCAAUGCGAAACAGUGGUAGCGUAAUUGGAGGUGCCAUCAAUUUCUCAAACAAUCAUAAAGACUCGAACGCAGGAGGAAUCGCAUGGUCUACAUAUUUGAUCUUCGUUGGGUUGGAAUGCACUGGUCUUGUAUGGGCUCUUCUGCUCUCACAGACCAAGAAAGUCCGCCGCAGAGACAACACCAAAGUGAAUAUUGCUCCGGCGGAGUCCUGGAUCAAGGAGCUCAAGGCUCUAGCCAGCUAUCUGACGCAAGGGACUACAUGGCUCAUUUUUUUUCCCGCAUUUUAUUCUUUCUUCUAUGGGGGUACCAUGGGCACCUAUCUAUCACUUCACUUCUCCGUACGUGCACGCGCUCUGUCUUCCCUCCUAGUCCCUACCCUUACGAUUCCAACUGUCAUACUGUUCGGAAAACUUCUGGAUACCAAUCGUUGGACGCAGCGGACCCGAGCAUGGGUUGCAAUGGGAGUAUGGGGAGCAUUGCAAAUCACUUGCUUUGUCUGGGUUGCGGUAGAGUACCAUACCCUACCUAAGAAGAUUGCUCUUGACUACAGACUGGAACCCACCCGAUGGAUCCGAGCCUAUUUCCCUUACAUCAUUCUCUUCAUCAGCGGAUACUGGACACAGCUUACCCUGUACUGGAUCCUCAGUACUCUUUCCGAUGAAGUCGCCGUUGCUUCACGAGCGGGAGGUGUAUUCCGCGCUUUUGAAGUUGCGGGUCAAGCAGUGUCGUACGGAUUGAGUUCAGCAAAGAAGAUCGACCACGCCAUACCGCUUUACGUCAACAUCGCCAUUCUGGUCUUUACGAUCCCGAGCAUGUCCAUGUUGAUCAGGAAGAUGCCAAAGAGGCCGAUCAGGGAAGCUAUUAUAGAAGAUGACGGGAAAGAUGACGAUCUUGUAUUCGAUGGCUGGCCGAAAACGAAAUGA